AUGUCGACCAGCUUCAUGGAUAUGACUUGGCAGUAUAACAACCCUUCGAACCCUGCAGAUGCGAAGAUUGGCCCUCAGACAUACGAUAAUCAUCUGUACUACUCUUUUGGGGGCGUCACUGACCCCAACGAAGAAGCGUACAUGACUCACAUAUGCAACCUCGAUCGAAUUGAGAAGGCGGGCGCUCUUAGGAACACACCUCUUUGGUUUGGAGAAUGGAGUUUAGCCACCCAAUUUGGCGCCUCGGAUGAGUUCCUCCACAAAUGGGCCGACGCCCAAAAGCUGGCGUAUAGCAAGUCCGCUGGAUGGAUCUUCUGGAACUUCAAGAUUGAGCUCUCAUCACGAUCUGGUAAUACUGCGCGGCAGUGGUCCUAUAUGGAAGGCAUCCGUCGGGGAUAUUUCACGAAAGACCCAUCUAAACUGAACAAUCCCAGGGUCUGCGAUCCUUAUAUCAGGAAGUAAUGGUUUGCGGCACCGAUUGAACCACGGAGAGAUAGCAAUAAUUCUCAGCUACAAUGAUUAUCGAAUUUAAUACAGCUAUGGGCGAGGGUGAAUGUCCAGAG